UGUGGCAAACGCGCAGGUAUACACAUUUCCUCGACCGCGUGCUUACAUACGGAGAUAAUCUUUUUCAUAGCACAAUAGAUCUCAUACGAGUAUCUGUCGGACUUCUUGCCCGACACGCGCGCAGGUAUACAUAUUUCCACAUGCUUACCUGGACGUGCGUAUACACAUCUGACCCAUCCCCUUCUCGCUCAGGUAUACAUAUUUUCCCGACCGCUUGCUAGCCUACGCGCAAGUAUACACAUCUGGCUGAUUGCUUGCAGAUUAGCAGAUAGAUUAUCUGCCAAGUUAAUAUGUGCGUGUGUGCGUUUCAAGAACUAGGAUUUUGAAUUUUCACACAGAUAAGUCGGAUACAUGCUGAAGACUCUCGCAUGAAAAUUUAAGAUAUGGACAGUCAACAAUGACCGCUCUCUCUCUCUCUCUCUCUCUCUCUCUCUCUCUCUCUCUCUCUCUCUCUCUCUCUCUCUCUCUCUCCAAGAACGCGUAGGCGUGUACUCGAGUGAUUGAGGGAUGGUCAAAUUUUGCUGAGAGGGAGGAGAUUUUGAAAAUUCCGGUGGGAAGUGUCUAAGGGAGGUUCUAUGAGAAGAAAGUGGACAUUUUUCGCCAAUCGAAGGACUUUCGGCAAUUGAAGUGGAAAGGGAAGCUUCGCUGUUCACCGUAUUUAAGGACCUGGUGCAUGCUUCGUCAGUCAGUUCACUCUUCGUUUUCAUGUUCAUUCUUCAAUUCAAAGUGUGAGAAGAUGGAAGGUAUCAACGACAGCAUGAAGGCAGCUUUUGAGAAGGUCAACGGCUAUAGAACAAUUGUCCAUCUCUUUAAUGUGGCGUGGCAGUUGAUGUCCUGGACAUCGAAUGGAAUUAAUGAUGAUUCCAUUUUGAGAAAGUCUCUACCAGCCGAGUUAACUGCUGCGAUGAAGCAGCUGAAUGAGGGUGUGCUCACCUCACCAGAGUCGCAACAACAGCAGCAACUUCCGUCAAUUGGUGUGAUGCAGCAGAUGUUUAAAAGCAUAUCAUCCUUAUCAGAGAUGCACCAUCAGCAGCAGCUUCCACAGGAGCAAAACUCACAGCAACAAGCAACAGUCGCAGCAGAAGUCGCAUCCGCAGCAAAAGCCAUAACCGCAGCCAAAGCCAAAGCCAGAACCUCAGCAGAAGCGAAAGCAGCAGUCGCAGCCAAAGCCGCAGCAGAAGCCAAAGCAGCAGUCGCAGCCAAAGCCGCAGCAGAAGCCAAAGCAGCAGUCGCAGCCAAAGCCACAGCAGAAGCCAAAGCAUCAGAAGCCGCAACCACAGCAGAAGCCAAAGCAGCAGAAGCCGCAUCCGCAGCCAAAGUCGCAGCCACAGCACCAGCUAGGAAGCCACUCAGGGACCCUCGCUCUCCGCCGGCAGCCAAAAGUGAUCGCCCUUCUACGUCUGCGAAAACCGAACGUUCGUCCUUAUCAAGCGAUCGCAAUCGCUCGUCUUCGAAAAGCGAUCGCAAUCACUCGUCAUCAAAAAGCGAUCGCCAUCACUCGUCAUCAAAAAAAAGCGAUCGCCAUCGGUCAUCUUCGAGAAACGAGCGCCAUCGCUCAUCUUCGAGAAACGACCGCACUUCUGUACCAAGCGAUCACCACACAAGUACGGCAAGCACGAGGGCUGAUUCCCAAGCGUUGAAUACAUAUGUUUGCGCUGUUGAGCAUUUACAGCCUCCUCUACGAUCCGUAAUAGCAUCCAAGGGGAUUAGGCUAUCACAAUCUUCAAGGGCGAGAUCAAGCUCGAGUACAGGCUCAAGCUCGAGUUCAGGCUCAAGCUCGAGUUCUGUCUCGAGCACCAGCUCGGGAUCCAAGUCGGGAUGUGGCUCUAACAAAAGUUCAAGAAAGAGGAAAUAUGAUGGUUAG